GCGUCAGCCUUUUGAGGUCCCUUUAUACUCCUCACAUUUUACCCGCGGGAGCCUAAGGCUGCCAAGCCUCCUCAUCGUCCCUCUCAUUCAUUCGAUCUAUAGUUCGGGCUUACCCUUUGUCAACCUUGGCCUCAUAUCACAUUGAUUUAUCUCUACUUGGACUUUUAUUCUCGUCUCAUAACCUUUCUAUUGACUGUUCCACUAUCUAACUAAAUUCUACCUGCACAGAGCUGGCAAAAAAAACUGUCGUCCCUGGGUGUCGCUCAUUUCCCUUGGGAUCCCCCACCACCCCAACCAGCCCCUCCUCAGCCUCAGAACCAGAAUCAAAUCCUCCCUCCCAGUGCGACCGUACCCUCUAAUGCUCCUCGACCCGCUCCUUCUCAAACCCCUCAACAACAUGUCCCCCCUCCGCAGUCGAUGCCGCAACCGAUGCCUGGCACCGCGCCUCCGUUACAGGUCCCCACCCCGGUCGGGGCAGCACCAAAUGCCAUGGGCCAAGCGCCACACAUCAAGACGGAGCCUGGUAUGAACGGCCAAACCAGCUUGCCCCCUAUGAGUAACAUGAUGCCUACGAAUACUCCAAAUGCCCAAUCGGCGCGAGAACGUGCUGCCAACAUGCUACACCAGAGAUACGGCGCGGCCGCUGCCAACUCGGUCAGUCAGUUGCAGGCCCAGUCGCAGGCUGCCAUGGCAAUGCCAGGACAGGCCCGUCCCCAGAAUUUACCGCAUGUUCCAAAUGGACAAGCGCCACAUAUCAAGCAAGAACCAGGUUACCCUCCUGUUUCUCAACCCCCCAUGAAUAACACACAGACAGACGGUGCCGGCGACGAUGCACUGUCAGCAUGGAAAGCAGAGGUUGCGCGAAGGCGUGAGGCUGCUGAGCGUCAGAACGGAGAAGGCGACAGGGUUCUUCGUGAACAUCUGAAACAGCGCAUGCUUCAGCUCGAGGGAGGAGGCCUUCUGCUGCCAUUGGAGGAACGCCAGGACUCGUCAAGAGCACCUGCCCGUGAACUUGCGACAGAUGCCGUGAUCCCUUCGGACCCAAGCACCUCAGCAUCGUCUUCUUCGAAAGUAGUCCAAGCCCAAUAUGACGGCCCGGGAGGCGAUGAUGAGAGGGAUGAAGACGAUGAAGAUGCCAUCAACUCCGACCUCGAUGAUCCAGACGACCUCGUUGCUGAUGACCAUGAAGCGGAAGAUGCCGUCGGCCAAGUGAUGCUCUGUACGUACGAUAAGGUCCAAAGGGUGAAGAACAAGUGGAAGUGCACCUUGAAGGACGGUAUUCUGACGACUGGUGGUAAAGAAUAUGUCUUCCACAAGGGUCAGGGCGAGUUCGAGUGGUAGGUACGCAGUGUUUCUGUCCCCCGUAGCCACACGGUCUUGACGUCCGUUUUACUGUCUUUUUUUUACCCUUUUCAUUUGUUUUAGCCAUGUUCAUUCAUCUUCCCAAUCUGUAAAAACCUUCUCCUAUUUGUCUACCAUUUUCAACCAAGGCAAAUCACAGUACGGACACACGAUGACUCCCAAGGGUAGUCGGUGGAAGCGGAAAUAACCCUCAAUGAUUUUUGUUUCAUGAAGUAC